AAAACUACCACAAAAAGUUUGACGUAAUACCGAAUCGGAGGUUACGUUUACAAAAUGACGCAAUAAACUUUUUUGCAACAAUUUUGCUUGUCACUUUUUGCAGUAUUAUUAAAAUAAUGGCCUCUAGAUUAGUACGUAGUUUAUCAAUCACGAACCGCUUAGUGGGUUCAUUUAAAUACAAACCUACUGUCAUGAGUCGCUGCUGUUCCACCACGCCAGCCGACAAGGUGUUAACAAUACAAGAACUAACCGUAAAUUUGGCGAAAGCUAUGGGGGUCGAUAGUGGGUUUUCCCCCAUCCGGGCCGACCGAUCUCACCUCUCCGAAUACCUCCCUACAAGCCAAAGCGAACUACCGCCACGAGCUAUGCGUGAUAGUUAUCUCGUGGCCAUGAUACCCCUUUCGACCAGUACGCGGCUCCAAGACCGGUAUACAACGUUUCUGGGGUACGUCCGGGUCGGGCGCUUACUCGAAGACAUGGAUAUUUUUGCCGUGAUGGUGGCGCAGAAACAUAUACUUAACCCGAAACUGCCCGAAGGGACACCCUCUCCCCAAACUCUAGUCACCGCACUGGUGGACAGAAUCGACUUUAGCGACUUUGUCCCUAAACCUCAUGAGGAUAUUAAGAUUUCGGGGCACGUCAGUUGGGUGGGGCGCUCCUCCAUGGAGGUGGUGGUGUGGCUGGAGCAGAAAAUGUACGGGACGUGGCACAGAAUCACGAGGGCUUUGUUUCUGAUAGCAGCCAGGGAUCCGACCAAUACGAAGGCAGCAAUGGUCAAUGCGAUAGAGCCGGCGGAUGACCGCGAAAAGGCUAUACUUGCUGGGGGGGAAACCCGCAAGGCUAAUAGAAUAGCCUUAGAGAAGCAACACGUGUUGAAAGUGAUACCGGAUCAUGACGAACAGAGGAUCAUCCACGAUUUGUAUUUGAAAACCAAGUCCAAUAAAAAUCUAAGUUUCACCAACAUGGUACUUCCCGCGAAUGGGGUCUGGAUGGAAGACUGUACCAUCUCAAAUACGAUUUUUUCGCAGCCGGAAAACCGGAACCUCCACAACACGGUUUUUGGAGGGUUUAUCAUGAGACAAGCGGCGGAACUUAGCUGGGUUCUUGGGUUCAAAUUUAGUAAAUACAGGCCUAAAGUCAAGAGUAUUAGCGAUAUUAAGUUUAAUAAACCAAUAGCUGUGAAUUCUCUUAUUCAUAUGUAUGCCCAUGUGGUCUUUACUCAAAUGCAAUUUAUCCAAAUUGUGGUCUAUGUGGAAGUUUUUGAUCCACAGACGGGAAAUACUGACACCACGAAUGUUGUACAUUUAACUUAUGAAGUGCCUGAGAUUGUCAGGGAGGUGUAUCCUCGGACUUACCAAGAAGCCAUGAUGUAUAUUGACGGCAGAAGACAUUUCUUCGAAAUUAUGAAGACUCCAUAUGACCAUGAUAACGUGUUAAAUGAAGAAGGAAUACGCAAUAAAAGCAAGCUUUAAAAGGGUUGGGUUCUUGGGUAUUUAGUUUAAAUCGCAAUAUGUCAUAAUUAACUCGCUUUAAAUUUCCUUGUUCAAUUCCAUGCGCAAUCAUAUGUGAUAUUAACAGUUUUACUAAUUUUAAUUGUAACUUUAUAAAGUUGAUCGUUCUUAA